CUUGUUUGAACCAAGCAACUUGUAAUGCUCAUGAAGAGCGGUAAAUGUAAACUACAUUCGUUGGUGAUUGUUUUAUGAGUGAUUUGACUACAGAAGUUAACAUGAGCGUUCCAAACCGUGCAUCGAACUCAAACACUACAAUCUUGCCGGAAGAACGGGCAUGCCACCGAAAUCAACUUGCAGCUUCAGAUGCAGUUGGGCGUUCAAUGACUCUCCUACCCAUUAAUCAUAGUCAUGCUCUUCAUCACGGAAUAAAACUUAUGCCCCAUAUGAACAUGCCUCAUCGUGAAGUAGGAGCAACUACACCUUUGGUCAAUAAUUCGAGCACUGCCAGUACUUGCUCAAUGUCUCUACCGGGUUCUAUUUCCUCUGCUUCAGAUACGGUGUGCAACAUUCUUCCACAUAACACUUCUGAUACCAGCUCAAUCGACCUAGCUAGUCUAUUUGAAUGCCCUGUUUGUAUGGAUUAUGCUCUACCACCUAUACUGCAAUGUCAAAGUGGACAUAUUGUUUGUGCAUCAUGCCGGUCCAAACUUUCAUCCUGUCCAACUUGCAGGGGUAAUUUGGAUAAUAUCAGAAAUCUGGCGAUGGAAAAACUUGCUUCCAGUGUAUUGUUUCCUUGUAAGUACUCUACUAGUGGUUGUCCGGAAACAUUUCAUUAUACAUCCAAAUCAGAUCAUGAAGCAGUCUGUGAAUACAGACCUUACGAUUGUCCUUGCCCUGGUGCUUCAUGUAAAUGGCUUGGUGAAUUGGAGCAGGUUAUGCCGCAUCUUAUGCACCAUCAUAAAAGUAUCACAACCUUACAAGGCGAAGAUAUUGUAUUCCUUGCUACUGAUAUCAGUCUACCUGGUGCUGUCGAUUGGGUCAUGAUGCAAUCUUGUUUUGGACAUAGCUUUAUGCUAGUACUCGAGAAACAAGAGCGUGUACCAGAUCAAAUAUUUUUUGCACUUGUACAGUUAAUUGGAACUCGUAAACAAGCGGAACAAUUUGUCUACAGACUUGAAUUGAAUGGACAUCGUCGGCGGUUAACUUGGGAGGCUUGUCCACGCAGUAUUCACGAUGGUGUUCAGUCGGCGAUAGCUGUAUCCGAUUGUUUAGUGUUUGACUCCAACACAGCUCAUUCAUUUGCAGAGAAUGGGAAUUUAGGAAUCAAUGUUACCAUUUCUCAAGUUUCUCCAUCUAUUUAAUAAACUGAUAUUAAAUAUUAUCGUUUAAUAACAUCACUUUCUGUACUUCUUGUUCACCUUUCUUUAUUUUGGUUCUCACUGUUUGUAUUCGUAUUAUGCUUGUCAUCAUUCAUUUGCAGUGAAUUAAACUGUUUCUUAAGCACUUUUCAAUGGGAAAUACGUAGAUACACUGAUAUAAUACAAACUGUAUUUGAUUUUACUAUCCCUUUGUUUGUCAUCCCCCCUGUGCUGUGUAUAAUUUUUUGCCCUUUCCUAACUUCCAUUAAAGUGUAUUUUGAAGCGCCUUAACCCUGGUUGUCAUUCCCCGCGUUGUCGCUUUUUUCCAACUUUCAUCAUGUAGUUGAAACGUUUUCCCGCAACCUUUCAUAUAUAUAUACAUUCAUCCACUUUGUGUACAUAGUUAUUGGAUCUAUCACUCACUAUCUGAAGAAAUUGCUAUCUUUUUCAUCAUUAUUUGUUAACAACGUCUCUUUACUAACUGUUUGUAUGAAAAAUGGGCACAGAAGUCACCAGGUUUCAUCAUCCAAUAUCAACCUUAUUUUGUUAAUCUUAUUUCUCUUUCACAAUAUAUUUUGAUGUUCUCUUUAUCUUCAGACUCAGUACACCUACAGAUAAGCCAGGUGACUGGUGUUUGUUUACACUAUUUCUAUUCUUCAACUUUUUUAUGUAUUCCUUAAGUUUUGAUGAGAACAUUUUUAAGGAGGACUUUUGUAAACUGAACAGAACGAAAUCACUUUUUGCUGUAUUACGACACGUCAUUCGGAUACAAAAGGCAGAUUACUUUAAGUUUAAUUUCUUUUCUUCAAUACUGAAUUAGUUUUCUCCCUUUUUUUAAUAGUUUUGCUUUCCAUUAUUUUUCUUUCAUAAGGAAUACUUACACACAUUCUUCGUAUGCAAGCUCAAACGCAAUUGUUUUGUUGAGUAGUAGUUGAACGACAAAAUUUUGUCUUGUUUCUACAAAAAAUAACUUGUGAAUAAAUUGUAGUUGGGU